AUGCCGCUGAAAAACAAGUACGGGGUUUUAAAAAUUGGGAUAGAGUGCGACUACAGUGCUGGGGACUGCCACGAGAUAGACGAGUUGAGUCCAGAUUUCCUCGUAACCAAGCUGUUUAGGGAAAGCGAGGCACACAAAAAAUUGCUGAGCGCUUCUAACCGCGCUUCUGACCACGCUUCCGAUCCCGCUUCUAACUGCGGUGCUUUACCAUGCGCAAGCCUGAACGCAUAUAAGGUAGACCCCCUUUUUGGUGACAAAUUUGAAGACAACGACAUUUGGAAGGAAAACAUCUACGGGUUCACCUCAGAGUGGAUCGACCCAGAUAAUGAGAACGAGCAUGUAAGCGCAUACUCUCUCGAUGCGCUAAACAAAGAAAUGCAGUGGGCCAGUUACAUAUCCAUAUCGCACCUAAUUGUUAACCCUCCGUCUUAUAGGAAGUGCGAUAAUUACGCUAGAUGCAUCAAUGCCAAUAUUCACAGCUACAACGGGGUGUCUAUCAUUGUGAAGGUGCCGCUAGCAAUACGGAGUAGCACCCCUGGAGGGGGGGAAUCCUCCUACCAAACCCUGAAUGGUUGGGAUUUAUGGGCAAAUUUUACCCCCUACUGCAACCACAAUUUUUCCAAUUUGAGCGUAGGUAUAGAAUUAGUGAACCUUCAAAAUGUCGACAUCUAUAGAAUCAAUUUAGAUGUAUGGAAAUCAGAACCAGUGAAAUUAAUCCUCAUACCGCUAAAUGUAUUUGUCAUUGAUUCCAAGACAGGAUAUCCUUAUCUACCCAAGAAAUUAAAAGACCUGUUAGUGUACUUUUUUAGAAAAAAUAUCGAAAUUGUCAUAACAGGAAGAGGAAAAAAUGAGUACCCUUUACUGAAUGGUGUGAAGAAGGAGGAAAUGCAUAGUAGCAGUAUCCUUCACUCCGAUGUGAACUACCUCAAAUGUUGCAUUUAUUACUUAAAAAGGCUUUUUAUGUCUGUCGAAAAUUUCGAUAACGAAACCCUUUUUGAUAGUGCCUAUUGGGACUAUUUACAGAUACCCUUGCAACCCUUGAAGGACAAUUUACCUUCCCAAACAUAUGAGAUAUUCGAAAAGGACAGAACCAAGUAUGAACAGUACGAACUAGCCAUUAGUAAGUACCUGUCCGUGGAACUACAAAAAGGGGGAGAUAACAAUGUGAAGGGAAAAAACAGAGACAUCAUUAUCUUCGUGGUGGGAGCAGGAAGAGGACCGCUAGUGGAUUGUACCCUGCAAGCUCUGGAAAAAAAUAAAAUCUCCAAGUUUCAAAUUUACGCAAUAGAAAAAAAUGAUAGUGCCAUUUUAGUGUUGCAAAAUAGGGCUACCAACCCUAAGUGGAAAAAAGUUAACGUAAUACAUAGCGAUAUGAGGUAUCUCGAAAUGGAGAAAAGGGCAGAUUUAAUCGUAAGUGAAUUGUUAGGGUCCUUUGGAGAUAAUGAAUUAUUUCCAGAAUGCUUGGAUGGAAUACAAAAAUACCUUCAGGAGGAUGGGGUCAGCAUUCCGAAAAAUUGUGUGUCCUACAUGGAGCCCAUUUCUUGCUCACAGAUCUAUCACAAAAUAGGGCAAAAUAAUUUCAAAGGAUAUAAUGAAAUAUUUUACAUUGUCAAUAUGUACUCCUACUGCAAAAUUUCGGAUGAUGAACCGGCAGAAUGCUUCACUUUCCAAGUCCCCAACGAACAAAUCCAAAAGGAUAACUCGCACAAUAAUCGCUAUAAACGUCUAAGCUUUACCAUCAAUAUGAACUCCUACUUGCAUGGAUUUUUAUGCUAUUUUAAAAGCCAGCUAUACGAGGAUGUCUAUUUAUCCAUAGAGCCUAAUACACAUACGAAGAACUUACACAGCUGGUACCCUUUAUAUAUCCCCAUAAAUCAAAUUCUGUUUCUAAAACAAGGUGAUACUUUAUCUAUAAGUAUCUGGCGCCUGACGGAUAGCCACAAAAUUUGGUACGAAUGGUGUGUUAGCGAGCCGCAGUCAACCUGCAUUCACAACUACAAUGCGAGGCACUUCUCGAUUGGUCGAUGA